AUGUCAGUGCCAAAAGCGGUAUCCCCGAGCUACACUCGGGCUUACCAUGCGGCGCUGCAUAGGGAGUCCCUGCAGAGCUUACCUUGUCCCUUCGCUCCCGCGAUGUGUCCCCUGCAGCGUCCCCGGCCAUCUCCUCCGAAACGCCGAUGCCAGCAUCCGGCUUCUGUGCUCCGGUCCCCUGUGACGUCGGGACGUACGGGCGCGCCGCCGCCGACGGGAAAUUUGAAAAUUUUAAAAAAUGUUCUUUCUUUCAAAACAAAUUUUUCAUAUGCCUUGUCCUGCGCUGCCUGCAUUUUGUCUGUUCUUUCU